GGACCUUAGCCCUUAGGUCGCGUAAGUGAUUAGCAUACCCUGAACGAAAGGCUUCUCAACUCGGCGCCUCCAUAAGUUGCAGAAACACAGAAACUGUUAGCAGAGAACAGAGGAGAGAGAAAAUCUGAAAAAAUGGGGAAGAAGAGGGCGAAGAAGGUGAAGAAAGCAUGGAGGAAUAUUAGCACUAAAGAAAUCGACGAUUUCAAUGAAAAUUCAACUCGCGACGCUAACUCCGGUGGUUCCCUUGCUUCUGCUCCUAGUGAUUCCCUCUUUGUUCUUGACAAAUCCACCGAUGUGCCGGUGAAACGUAAAAUUGAGAAGAAGCGAGAGAAAGUACUGCGCUUCGAAAGUAUUCUUGAGAGGAACCCAUUUGUCAAAGCUGUGCCGUCUUCAAUUCUUAAGAAACCUAAGAAGAAAGAUAUAGUGGCUGCUGUGGUUCAGUCCCAGGAUGCAAAGGUAAACAAAGAGGGGAAAGACUCGGAGUCUGACGUAUUUGAUAUAUGGAAUGAUCAAAGGCGUUUCUCAUGUAUUCUUGCAGGUAAAGAAAACAUCAAGGGGAAGAAGAAAGCUAAACCUUCACAUAUUCCAGCUGUUGAAGUUGAGCCUCCUGGUUGCUCUUAUAACCCAGAAGAUGAGAGUCACAAGGACUCUUUGGCUCUAGCUGUUGCAGAAGAGAUGAAAAAAAUUUAUAAAAAGGAGCUGGAGCCUGAGCCAAUUCCUUUAUUUGUUCCUGGAGAACCGGUUCCUGAAGAAGAUAGAUAUUUUUUGGAAGUGGGCAAUGGAGAUGAUGAUGAAAUGGAUGAGGAAAAUCAAACUGAAGAUAGUAAUGCUGAAAAUGAGAUAAGGAAGUCUAAAGAAAAACGGAUAACUACAGUUGUGCGGAAUAAAAGAAUCAGGCGGAAGGAUCAGCAAAGAGCAGAAGAAAAAGCCAAAAAGAUGGAUGCGCUUUCAAAGGAAAUUGACAGCAUACCAGAUAUACUUCAGGAAAUAGCUGAAGAGGAGGAGGAAAAGCAAAAGAAGCAUCUUCGUCGUGUGAUAUCAAAAGAAGAAAGACUAAAAUCAGGCCCUCCACGUUUGGGAAAGCGGAAGUUUCUGCCUGCCCCAACUCAAGUUCUCCUUACUGAAGAAAUUACUGGAUCGCUCCGCAAGCUAAAGGCUUGUUGCACCCUAGCAAGGGACAGGUUUAAGAGCUUAGAGAAGCGGGGAUUAGUUAUUCCAUCAAUUAAGAGCACCAGGAAAUAGUCGAUUUGAGGAUUGCUGAUUUGUCAAGAGCGAGAUUUGUAUGAGAUCACUUGAUUAAUAGAUGAAACUUAACUUGGUAUGAGCUAGAAAAGUUGGCUAAUCAUACAAAAGUUCUGUAGCUCUUUUAUCCUGUAGUGAAGGGGUUUUCUCCAUUUUUGACACUGCUUUGGUAUUCCUUUUAGUGAAACAGAGAAGAAUAUCAAAGAUAUAAUGGUAGAUAAAAUCUUGUGUAAACAAAGUAGCAUCUAGCAAGGGACAGUACUGUAGUAAGAUUCAAUCAUUUUGAAAUGGCAAAGCAAGAGAUGAGCACUCCAAAUAUUUAUAUA